UUACUUUUCAAUUUGACUCGAACUAUAUUCUAAUGUUUCAACAGUUCAAGAAUAUAUUUCCAGGAUCAGCAUCUCUCAAUAUACGAUCGUUAGCAGACUCUGUGGGGUUGAAUGAAGAAGAAUGGCGUACUCGUGGAAUGGAAAGACUAGAGUCCAUUCGCUCAGAACUUCAAAACUUUAAUGCUCUCUUAAUCAACAAAUCAGAUAGUAAUAGUAGUGAAGAUAUAUCUGGAAAAACAAUCACAUCAAACAAUAUCACUUUGGAGGAAACAGCAAAAGUUAUAGCAAGAAUACAACAAGGCCGGGAAACUAUUCACUACAACAAUAUAGAUAAUAUCAACAAAUCAAAGAAAGCUGAUCAACUGUUACAAGUCUUAUUAUCAAGAUGUGAAUUACACAAUACUAUCUGUACUGGUAUGUCAGAACUUCCGGAAAAAUUGGAGACGACACGUCAGGAAAUGAAAUCGGUAACUAGCGCUGCAAUGGAACUGAAAACCAAGUUGUUGGCAUUGGAACAUCGUAUUGAUCACGCUUGUCUUGAAUUUGAACAACAUAAUUUUGAAAAAUGGAAACAAGAACAAGAAGCUUGUUUACAAACGGAAUUAGAGAUGAAAAGACAACGAUUAAAAUCAAGGGAAGCAGAAUUGAACCAGCUCUAUGAAGAACACAAUGAACAACAAGCCAAGAAAAGAUUGGAGCUUUAUGAUAUCAAUUUUCAAUCUGAAUUAGAAGAUUAUCGACGCCGACGGGAAACAGAAGUCUCGUCACUCUAUAACAAGAGCAAUACAACACGCGACAAAAUCAUGACAACUACACUUGAAAAUUUGAAUCUUGACAAUGACAAUUCUGAAGAUCUAAAUCAAUUUUUGACUGAUGAUGACGAUGAUACCAAUGAUAAACUUGAUACAACAACAGCCAGAAAGACAUCUCUGCAUAUUCAAGCCAAUCGUACGACGAAUAUUAGUGAUGAAGACGAUGAUGAAGAAAUACAUGUAGAAAUAUUAGCCGACGAAGAUUAUGAAUCAGAUUAGAUAGAUACAUUCAUACUGUUUUAUCAUUUUAUUCUUGUAUAUACCAUUUCUUUUUUUUACUUCAAUACAUUUUUUUUUAUCAUUUAUCUGUC